UUGAAAGUGAGUGGUGCUGAAGGAAUGGCGGCGCCCGGAGUUGCUGCGGAUGGUGGCCAUUGGUUUUCGGCUUUGGCGCUCGGGGUCACCUUCCUCAAAUGCCUUCUCAUUCCUACCUACCAUUCCACAGAUUUUGAAGUACACCGAAACUGGCUUGCUAUCACUCACAGUUUGCCAAUAUCCCAGUGGUAUUAUGAGGUGCUGUAAGUGCAUUAAUGGAAAAAGAGCAAGUAAAGAACUUACGGAGAAGCCGAAGUUUAUUCUGUCAGUGUUACUGCUAUGGAACUUCGGGUUGUUAAUUGUGGACCAUAUCCAUUUCCAGUACAAUGGGUUUUUAUUUGGAUUAAUGCUACUCUCCAUUGCACGGUUGUUUCAGAAAAGGCAUAUGGAAGGAGCAUUUCUCUUUGCCACCCUUCUCCACUUCAAGCACAUCUACCUCUAUGUAGCACCGGCCUAUGGUGUAUAUCUGCUGCGAUCUUACUGUUUCAUUUCAAGCAAACCAGAUGGCUCUGUCCAGUGGAACAGUUUCAGUUUUGUCCGUGUUUUUUCCCUGGGACUGAUUGUCUUCCUAGUGUCUGCUCUUUCAUUGGGUCCUUUCCUAGCUUUGAACCAGCUGCCUCAAUUGUUUUCCCGACUCUUUCCUUUCAAGAGAGGGCUCUGCCAUGCAUACUGGGCUCCAAACUUCUGGGCUGUUUACAAUGCUUUGGACAAAGUGCUGUCCAUCAUCGGUUUGGAAUUGAAUCUUCUCAACCCCAAUAAGAUCCCCAAGGCCUCAAUGACUAGUGGCUUGGUUCAGCAGUUUCAGCACACGGUCCUGCCCUCAGUCACACCCUUGGCAACCCUCAUCUGCACCCUGAUUGCCAUGCUGCCCUCUAUUUUCUGUCUUUGGUUUAAACCCCAAGGGCCCAGAGGCUUCCUUAGAUGCCUAAUUCUCUGUGCCUUGAGCUCCUUCAUGUUUGGGUGGCAUGUCCAUGAAAAAGCGAUUCUCCUUGCAGUUCUCCCAAUGAGCCUCUUGUCCGUGGAAAAAGCAGGAGAUGCUUCAAUUUUUUUGAUUCUGACCACAACAGGACAUUACUCCCUCUUCCCUCUGCUCUUCACUGCACCAGAGCUUCCCAUUAAAAUCUUACUCAUGGUACUGUUCACCAUUUACAGUGUUUAUUCACUGAAGACACUAUUCAGAAAAGAAAAAGCUCUCUUAAACUGGACUGAAACUUUGUACCUCCUUGGCCUAGUGCCGCUGGAAGUCUGUUGUGAAUUCCUGUUCCCUUUUACCUCUUGGAAGCUGAGGUAUCCUUUUAUCCCUUUGUUAAUGACCUCAGGAUACUGUGCAGUGGGCAUCACAUACGCAUGGUUUAGGCUGUACUGCUCAGUGUUGAUUGGCCCUUUCAUCGGCAAGACAAAGAAGCACUAAAUAAAGGAACUGCUUGGAUGUACGCCAAGCAAUUACUUCAUGGGAAAUUAAUCAGAACCUGAAGAAAGUUGCCAGUGGCAUGAGCCACUCAUUUCAGUAGAUCUGUUCAGAGGACCAUUUUUCCACAUUUGGCCUUGCCCAGCCUAGCAACCUGAUUGUUGCCAUGGUGAGAAGCCAUUUGCCCUCUACACACACUGGAAUACGUCUGAAAACAACUUCACCUUUCCUUGUGAAAGUUCUCUGAGAUCAUUCAGACUGUCGAGCUCACUGAAGGCACAUGGAAUCUGAU